ACAUUGCACCGUAUUUGCAUACAUACCCAGUCACAUUCAGUGAAGACACAAGUUGAAAUGAAAUCUGAGGAAAUAAUAACAGGCCAUCCAAAGCCAUGUUGGCGCUUCAAUUCCUGGAAAAAAAUUUGGCUAAACAGAAGAGUAAAUAUCAAUGGCGGGCGAGCAAUUUUACUGAUCUUUGGUUGUGCCGUAUUAUUUAUCUUUGCUUUCAACACCUUGACAGCAGCUUGGUCUUCUCCGUUUCAUUUUGUCACAAACGAUGCACUAAUAGACUCUCCUUCCGAUUUGCGUCGAGAAUUCAAGAACAACUAUGACUUUGUAUCAAAAGGAGAUAAAGCUUUUUUUUUGGAAACUGGCGGCAGUGAAACACUCAACAUCCGUCAAGCGUGUGCAGUGGAAUCGCUAGCGUUGCACAACCCAAAUGUCACUGCUUACGUGCUCUUUAGUCAAGAACGAGUCAACAGCAGCUCAACCACAUUGCGGACACUUACGGCAAACUAUGAAAACAUCCGAGUUAUCGGAAUCAAUAUGGAUGAUUAUAUGUCCGGUUCUGCAUUGGAACAUUGGUACAAAUACACCGACUGGAGGAACGGAUCUUACCGCGUCGCUCAUUUCAGUGAUGGCCUUCGUUUGCUCACGCUGUCGAGAUACGGUGGCUACUAUUUCGAUCUUGACAUUAUCCACGUACGGCCGGUGACCUACUAUCGCAAUUUCAUUGCCACAGAAGAUGGAAAUUCGGCGUCGAAUGGUGCCAUCCAUGCAGAUUUUGGUCACCCCGUCAUGCAGAUGGCCAUUAAUGAUUUUCCCGCUAAUUACAAAGCUGAUGCUUGGACCCAUAAUGGACCUGCUUUACUGGGUAGAGUUUUGACUAAAUGGUGCGGAGUAGACAGCCUUCCAGAAAUGAAUUACCUCAAAUGUCGUGGUUUCAGCGUUUUACCGAAAGCGUCAUUUUAUCCGAUACACUAUCCAAGAUGGCGAGAAUUUUUCAAUCAACGAGCUCCAAACGAUACCAUGAAACCUGAUUGGCUGACGACGGAAGUGAUUGGUGUUCAUAUUUGGAAUAAAAUCAGCCACGGAGAGCCAGUUUGCCGCAAUUCGACGCAAUAUUACACACAACUAGUUCGUACCCAUUGCCCUGCAACAUUUUCUAUUGCUCCUGAUGUAUUUUAAUAUUCUUUAAAAAAAGGAUCACGUUACACCUAAUCGUUUCCCUUUGAAGUGUAUUGUGAUGAUGUGAUGUAAAACUCCUUUCCCCGUCAAUGUUGGUUUCAACUAAUACAGUUUCUUUUGCUUUCGA